AAUGAAAACAUGAUUACAACCUGCAGAAAUUGCAGUGUAGAGGCGAUAGUGUGAGAUAAUAACUGGAUUAUGUGCAAUUAUGGGCUGUCCCACGUCUUGCAGUGUAAAUGUAAUGUUUCAGAUCAGAUGUUUAGAUUAGAAAGGACAUUUGGGCUGUUUUGAGAACUAUGGUCGGGACACAUUCGCUCCAGCACUUAGCUAGCUAGCUACCUCUCAUUCCUUUUUGUUAGCUAGUAGUUGUCACGCUAGCUCGCUCUACAUUUAAGCUAGCUAGCCAGCUAAUGUUAUGUGAGCGGGUCAGCGUUAGAGGAUUGGCAAAGUGGGUCGCUGUUAGCUAAGACAUAAUUGCUGGUGGUUGAGCUGGACUGGGUUUGCUGGCAAUGUCUUAUUGACUUGCUUGGCACUCAGUUGUCAUUUUCCGUGUGUUAGAUUGAUGUACAAUUUAUUUUAGUCUCAAACGAGUAGAAGCCUUGUAUUGGGGCAACAUUGAAGUAAUGUAGUACUUUUUACUCUCCAGUCUAUUGUAUAUGAACCACGGAGCGUUACUAGGUUAGAUAACUGAGUGCAUGUAGUCAGUUUCAUGUGAAAUGGUAACAUUUUGUACACAAUUGUACUCUCCGAUAUGAAAGAAUCACUCUAUAGUUUGAAAAAUGAUGGGGCCCCCAGCCCCUUCAAACUUUUGGCAAGCUUGCUCGCGGUGGUUGGAUGUUGCUGAUGGCAUCCCCCUCCUCAUGUUACAUUCCCUGACCCAUUUGCAGGGGCCCAUGUGGGCACGUGCAUUGAUGUUACCCGAUGUACUCCACUCUCAGAAUAGUUAGAUAGCUUGUUGACAGGACAUUCAAGUAUUGCAACAGCCCGUUUGUGUGUCUUGUGUUUUGUCUUAGUUUCUUUACUUGUCUAACCCUAUGUGUGGCGCUCCGCUCUCUGUGGUUUAAACUACCUCAGCCUGGAUGUCUGUGGAUGUAUUUGAAUCCCUGUGUAUUCUUGUCUGUAUUUCAGUGUGUGUGUAUGUCCUGUUGUCCGUACUGCCAGGGUUGUGUGUGCCGGUGUCUGACAGUCCGUGUCCUGUGUUCCUGCAGCAUAAGCUCAAGUCUUCACAGAGGGACAAAGUUCGGCAGUUUAUGUCCUUCACUCAGGCGGGAGAGAAGACUGCGGUGUACUGCCUGACGCAGAAUGACUGGAAACUAGAGGUGGCCACGGACAACUACUUCCAAAACCCGGACCUCUUUUGUAAGGAACCUAUGAAAACCUCCACAGACCGCAAGAAGUUGGAGCAGCUGUACAACCGCUACAAAGACCCCCAGGAUGAGAACAAGAUUGGCAUUGAUGGGAUUCAGCAGUUCUGUGAUGACCUGUGUCUGGACCCGGCCAGCAUCAGUGUGCUCGUGGUGGCAUGGAAGUUCCGUGCUGCCACCCAGUGCGAGUUCAGCAAGAAGGAGUUCCUGGAUGGAAUGACAGAGUUGGGAUGUGACAGCCCAGAGAAGCUGAGGGUUCUUCUGCCCAGACUAGAGCAGGAUCUGAAGGACAGUGGGAAGUUCAAGGACUUCUACCAGUUCACCUUUAACUUUGCCAAGAACCCUGGCCAGAAGGGUUUAGAUUUGGAGAUGGCAGUGGCUUACUGGAACCUGGUACUUGCAGGUCGCUUUAAGUUCUUGGAUCUAUGGAAUAGAUACUUAACGGAGCACCACAAACGUUCCAUCCCCAAGGACACAUGGAACCUCUUACUGGACUUUGGAAACAUCAUCACAGACGACAUGUCAAACUACGACGAGGAAGGGGCGUGGCCAGUUCUGAUCGAUGACUUUGUGGAAUUUGCUCGACCAAUCGUGACAGGAUCCAAACGUAUAAGCCACUGAUCUGAACACCGGUCUCGCCAGGAGAGCAUGACUGUGUUCCCACUGACUUUGUAGUUUUUGUUUUAUGAUACGAUACGAGAUACAAAAAAUGCAUCUGAGAAGAACUGAAAAGCACUUGAAACCACGUCACCGCACAAAUAUCAGGAAUCCACCUAUCAGGGAGUAUAACAAUAAUGACAACACUAAAAGUGGGUAAUCUCUGUGCUCAUGUGUUGGAGAAAGGCACUGCUUGCGUUUUCACCAGCUUAUGGCUGUGGACUCUAUGGAGGAACAAGGAAGUACCGCCAGUGGAGGACACCUGUGUUCUUCUGGCCCUGGUGUGAUAUCCAAGCAUCCUGGGCCACUGGGAACUGUGGUCUUCUCAGCUUCAGGUGAAGAGAUAUCAGCCAGACAGACACAACCUCUUACACGUGAGGAGAUGAAGGUCUGAACACUGGGAGCAAAGCAUGGACAGCUUCUGUGAAGACUGGGCCCUCCAGGGAGUUUGGAGCACUUGUGGUUGAUUUUGUUGAUUCGUCAGUUGGCUAGUUUGUCUCACAUGGUAUCGAUCGUGUUUCUAACCCAGAGACUUUGGGACAACGCAAUGCCAAGUCAUCCCUCUUACGACACCAGCGUCAGAAGAACUAUUACAGUUGUUGUUGUACAUAAGUAUGUACUGAAACAGUACUCAAAGAGCUAUAUGAAGAAUAAUAUAAAUGUUACAUUUAUAAAUCUGAGAGUUGAUUCUUGUUGUGUGAAAGCUUUAAAUGUUAAAAUGCCUAAAUAUCGUUUGAUUCAUGUUGAUCUCACAGUCAAGUUGGUAACCCCCCCUGGGCUUCAACUGGUCUGUUGACUUCUGGAUAAAUCUGUAGCAGUGUUUUAUGUCCACCGCUGUCAAAAUGUGUAAAACAAUAGAUUUUAAAUAAAUAAGCCAUGUUACUUCUAAA